UAUCUGGCAACGACGGUUCUCUUCCGUGGGCGUGACCAGGCUGUCUGCUACUUAAAUAUCACAUGCGCUAGUAUUAGUUUAGAAUUUGUUUUGGAGUGCUUUUAUGACUUACAAUUCGAAAAUGUUUUAACUUAUAUGAUGUUAUGUAAUUCUAACACGAUUGUACAUCGAGCAAAAAUGAGAGGGGCUUGAAAAUGGGAUCAAUGCCGGGGAAAAAUACGAUGGAUCGAUUUCCCCUCAAAGCUAUGCUUCUUACGUGCUGUAAUUGAAUAAAAUGGCGAGCAUGCAAAGGGAUCACUGGUCCCAUGUGUGGUUGCGGUGCUUACUUCUUAGUCUUUUUUUAUGCCGGAAUGUGGUCCUUCCCGAAGUUAAUAAAAAUCUUCAGAUGUCUUCACUGUGUUUAAGUAAAUCUGAACCAACAUCAAGGAGUGAAAAUAUAAAUGGAGGAGCAGUGCUGACAUCCAAGAAUGAGCUGAACAUGAAGUGCGUUGUGACAUUUUCUACUGACACAAUAUUGCAAAGGUUCAUGCUACGAUUUGAACACCUCGCUUUAGACUGCAAUGACCAUCUCUAUAUCUUUGAUGGAGGACAUGAAUAUGGGAAUCAUGAGUUUGAUCUUUCAUGCCGAAGCACUCGUACUGAUGUAGGAACCAUUUUCACUUCAGGAAGUUACGUAACGUUAAAGUACAUUACCGAUGCUCGUAGUCAUGCAGGAAAUGGUUUUAAACUCAUCAUGACAGCAGUGAAAAAACCAAAUGCUGCCUGUCAAGCAUUUCGUUGUCUCAAUGAUCUUUGCAUUUCUCAAGACUUGCGUUGUGAUGGUAUUAAUCACUGUGGAGAUAAUAGUGAUGAAACUAGUCAAGCAUUAUGUGGUGAUGAAACUGCUACAAAUCAAAUAAUGGGCCUCAACUUUGGAACAUUUGUGUCCCUUGUGCUUGGAACAUUUCUACUCUGCUGUGUGUGCAUUGUUGGAGUUAUAAUAUGUGUUUUCCGUAAAGAGCAGCAACAACGGCAGCUUGAAACAGAGGCGCAGUUCAGCGGAACUCCCCAUUCCAUGGUCAUAGGCCAGCAGCCAUAUUCUACCCAGCCCACAUUCAGCACCUCUCAGCUGCAGGAGAAGCCGCCUCCUUAUCCGGGAAAUAUGUUCCUCCAUCAGUCACAGCAACAGCUGGACGGCACUCGAGGAGGAGUUUAUUAUCAUGCAAAGUAAAGUCAGGCCGCAGGCGACCUCAGCCUCCUAAAAAAGAAUGGCUAGUUUGACGACUACAGUGCACAGCUGAAAUUAUUAUUAUUUCUUUUUUUAAGCUACAGUCAAUUUUGGGUAAACAAAGUUCAAUCUAUGGAUAAAAUAUUUUAAAAUGCCAAAA